AUCACAGCACUGAAUUGGGCGGAGCCACUAGCUGCAUUUGCAAUGUAUGUGAUGAUGACUUACUUAACAAAUGUUUGGAAUCUAAGCAUAACCCAUGCUGCUGGCAUCAUUAAUGUUUGGAAUGGGAUGACACCCGUGUUAGCUGUUAUAUUUGCAUUCUUUGUUGAUGAAUUCGUCGGCGAGUUUAAUAUGCUUGUGCUCGCUAGCAUUUCCUACAGUAUUGGAUUAGGAUUGUUGUCAAUGUCAACACCGCCUGUUUUUGGCCCGUGUGGCGACUACAAGAAGGAAUGUAUUGGGCAUUCACAAAAGGUCUUGUUUUAUACUGCUUUACCAUUGAUAGCAGUCGGUAUGGCUGGCCACUUGGUCUCUUUACAACCCUUUAUAUAUUCACAAUUAGAACUUGGAUAUGAGAAAAAACUCGAAGCUAAACGGGGGUCUCAAAAAGAACACGAAGCUAAACAAAGAAUUAAAGAAGAACCCCAAGCUAAACAAGGGAUUGAAGAAGAACCAGAAGCUAAAUUAAUUCUGAAAAUACCGGGUUUGAUGAUGGUAUGGGUUGUGACAAUAGUUGGAGCUGUUGCACUUCCAUAUAUAAGACCAUGGUCAAUUCGGUUUGGUAUCCCCGCCAUAUGUACUUUGGCGGCAACAAUUUUGUUCUUGUCAGGAUUCCGCAAUUACGAACAUAAAACUCCACCGGGAAGCCCUUUAAAAACCACCUUGACAGUUUUAGUGGCUGCUGCUCGUAAUAUAUCUCGACCAAAUCCUAGUUCUCAACAAGUUAACAAUGAAGAAGAACAUCAUGUGACCAGCAGCCUCAGUUGCUUAAACAAGGCUGCUAUUAAAUUACCGGAAGAACAACAAACAGAAAAGUGGAAAGGAUGUAGCAUGCGUGAUGUUGAAGACACAAAGGUUACUAUACGUAUCGUACCAAUGUGGCUAACCUUCAUUGUGAUUGGUAUCGUGCUUUCUAUUGGAAACACUUACUUUCUGGAGCAAGCUAACCACAUGGACCGUAAACUUGGAAAAAUAAAGGUCUCAAUUCCAAUAUUCCUUUUGAUCUAUAAUUGCACAAGUUCAAUAUCUGCAGGCUUUUACAACACCUUGAGAAGGUUAGUGCCAAACAAGAAAUACGCUCCACCGGUUGGGAUUGCUACAGCUAUGCUUUUCUCUGUAUUGUGUUGCAUUAGUGCUGCUAAAGUUGAAACCAGAAGACUAGAUCGGAUAAGAAAUACAGGCUUACUAGACAAACCUAAUGAGAGGAUCCCAAUGAGUAUAUUUGCGCUCCUUCCACAGUUUAUGCUUCUUGCAGCUGUUGACGGGAUUGGUACUGUUAGCAUGCAACGUUUCUUCAAGUACCAAUCCGCUGAAAACAUGCGUAACUAUUUGGCUUAUCUCACGAAGGCUGUGCUGGGAUUAGGAAGCAUGGCUAGUGUUUUGUCAGUCUAUAUUGUGGGGAAUGUGAGCGAGAGAAACCAAAAGCCAAAUUGGUUUCAGUUUUCAUUAAAUAGGAGCCGUCUAGAUCGAUAUUAUUGGGUGCUAGCUGUGCUAAGUGCGGCCAAUCUACUGGUUUAUAUCAUCGUUGCUCUUUUUUAUACAUAUAAGGAGUCGCCAGAUGCAGUUCAAAGAAAGAUAAAGAAAUCACCAGAGGAAGUAGAUGAAGAUGAUGAAGAAUAUGAAGCUGGUGGCCAAAUGGAUGAGGGUUUUCAGGACGAUGCACGUUGCUGUCGCUGUUAA